AUGUUUGGGAUCACAUCUGCCCCAGAAGUAUAUGAACAUAUCAUUCAACAGGUUUUACCGGGAUGUGAGGGCGUUCAAAAUAUUGCAGAUGAUAUAAUUGUGCAUGGCCCAAAGAUUGAAUUGCAUGAUCAAAGGUUAACCAAAGUGUUGGAAAAAUUACAAGAGAAAGGACUUACUCUCAAUCCAGAGAAAUGUGAGUUCCGCAUAACCAAAAUUACCUUUAUGUGUCACUUAUUGUCUGAUAAGAGAAUCGGGCCCACUAAAGAGAAAGUGAAAGCAGUGGUUUAUGCCAGGGAACCCAAGUCCGGAGUUUCCUGGGUUUGGUUAAUUUUUGUAGUCGGUUUAUACCAGAUUUGGAUACUAUUGCUGAGCAUUUACGAAAGCUAACUCGCACGACAACACCUUUUGUUUGGGGUGAGGAACAAAAGAGCUCGUUCCAAGAACUGAAAGAUAAGAUGUCCAGUGCCGACUCGUUAGCUUAUUUCGAUAAAGAAGUCUAUAAAUAG